CGCUCUUGAAACGAGAGUUACACGCAGCGCUGUAAUGAAAGGAGACGCUGCAAAAGCAGGCCUCCCCAAUGGCGUCAGCCGAGCCAAGGACCCGCUGCCCCCCUCGGAGGAGAAGAUGGAGGAGCGGGGCCAGUGGAGCAACAAGAUCGAGUUUAUCCUGUCAGUCGCCGGCUCCAUCAUCGGCCUGGGCAACAUGUGGCGCUUCCCUUACCUCUGCUACAAGAACGGAGGAGGUGCAUUCCUCAUCCCCUACCUGAUCUUCCUCUUCACCUGUGGCGUUCCAGUCUUCUUCCUGGAGACGGCGCUGGGCCAGUACACCAGCCAGGGAGGCAUUACCUGCUGGAGAAAAAUCAGUCCCCUGUUUGAAGGUCUCGGCUAUGGUACCCAGGUGAUAGUGACUCUGUUGAACUUCUACUACAUCAUCGUUCUGGCCUGGGGGAUUUUCUACCUGUCUUUCUCCUUCUCUUGGGACCUGGCCUGGUCAUCCUGCAACAACACAUGGAACACAGAAAACUGUGUGGAGUUUCAGAGGAGAAACACCUCAGUCAACCAGACAAUCAACCUGAAUGUCACCUCUCCUGUCAUCGAGUUCUGGGAGAGAAGAGCGCUGAGAAUUUCCCCAGGCAUUGACCAAAUGGGCUCUCUGAACUGGGACCUGGCCCUGUGUCUGUUCAUCGCCUGGGUCAUGUGCUACUUCUGCAUCUGGAAAGGGGUGAAAUCCACAGGAAAGGUGGUCUACUUCACUGCGACCUUCCCCUAUGUGAUGCUGAUUGUGCUGCUGAUCAGAGGGCUCACGCUGCCUGGUGCUGGGAUUGGCAUCCAGUUCUACCUUUACCCUGACCUGGGACGACUGGCGGACCCACAGGUGUGGAUGGACGCUGGCACCCAGAUCUUCUUCUCCUACGCCAUCUGUUUAGGGUCGCUGACGGCUCUGGGCAGCUACAACAAAUACAACAAUAACUGUUACAAAGAUUGCCUGUCACUGUGCUUCUUGAACAGCGGCACUAGUUUUGUGGCAGGCUUUGCAAUCUUCUCCAUCCUGGGCUUCAUGUCUUAUGAACAGAAUGUUCCCAUCUCAGAAGUAGCAGAAUCUGGUCCCGGCCUUGCCUUCAUAGCUUACCCCCGUGCUGUGUCCAUGAUGCCCUUCUCUCCUCUGUGGGCCGCCCUCUUCUUCAUCAUGAUUGUUUUUCUGGGGCUGGACAGCCAGUUUGUGUGCGUCGAGAGCCUUGUGACGGCGAUAGUCGACAUGUACCCCGCCGUGUUCCGCCGUAAAAACCGCAGGGAGCUCUUCCUGUUAGGUGCCUCCCUCUUCUCCUUCCUCAUGGGCCUCAUCAUGCUGAUGGAGGGGGGCAUGUAUGUCUUCCAGCUCUUUGAUUACUAUGCAGCCAGUGGCAUGUGUCUUCUCUUCAUGUCCAUCUUUGAGACUGUCUGCAUUGCAUGGGUCUAUGGUGCAGAUCGCUUUUAUGACAACAUCGAGGACAUGAUUGGCUACCGCCCGGGACCUUACAUCAAGUACUGUUGGUUGUUCUUCACCCCGGCCACAUGCAUUGGUACCUUUGCCUUCUCCCUCAUCAAAUACACGCCUCUGAAGUACAACAAUGAGUAUGUGUACCCGUGGUGGGGCUAUGUCAUCGGCUGGCUGCUCGCUCUCUCCUCCAUGGUCUGCAUCCCACUGUGGAUGGUGUACAAGAUCAGCACUACCCAGGGGACACUCCGAGAGCGCAUCCAGCUGCUCAUCACACCAUCUGAUGAUUUACCCAAAACCAAGAGGGAGCAGGAGAGGUUAUUGGCCAUCUUUGCCCCUGAGGGAGAUGCCACCAUGACUAGAAACGGCUACUUUCCUGUUUUAGAGAGAGACUCCAACGUAUGAGGCCCCAGCGGUGAAGUGUAUCGGAGAGACAUGUGGGUUUUGGUUCCAUUAUUGACUUGCUGCAACCCUUCCUCCAUCCCAGAGAUCACUACAGGGAAAGAUACAACAAACAUCACAUCAUCUACUUUAAUACAUAACAUUUAUGGAGGACUCAGGAGUUGGGUUUGGCAGCACCUGUACAUUUCAGGAAAGAAAGAUAAGGAAAAUUAAAUUAAAAAGUAGUUUGGCAUUUAUUGGAUUACUUAGACGUUUUAGAGGGGACAAGGGCAUUUUUUCAGGGACAAAAGUAAUUUGCUCUAUUCAAACUGAAAUCCAUUAAUAUGUUGGCAUAUAUUGUUCAGCUCUGCAUUUCAUAGACAAUGUAAAUACAGUAGUUGGCUGAAAUGUAUCAGCAGUUGUUCAGUCAGCAUCGUUCAGAAAAAAUGUCACAAGUUCAUAAUAGAAGUUAAUGGCAUUUUCAUUUCAUUUAAAUAUGGUAACGGUAGAGACAGACACACAGGUUCCUCCAAAAGUUUCAAAAUAAAUGUUUAAGUCUGCAUGUAAGGAUGAGUUUUGUGUAAAUGUAUAUGAUGGCAAAAUCAGUGAGAGUACAGGAUAAUCAUUUGUUACCACUAAAAAGUGGGCUACAAGUCUCCUCGUGUAUCUGACAUCACUUCAUGGCUUCUGAGUCAUACUUGUAUCAUAUAUUGUAUUAUCAUAACUGAUUGGGGGAAUUUUCCUUUUUGUAUUUACGGGAAUUGAAAUAAAAUGUUAUAUUUUACCGAAUAGACUGUGAAAAUAUAGAAUGCUAGUGAGAAUUAUAAUUAUAGCAAUGUAGCAGGGCAGUAGUUUUAGGACUAACAUAGUACAAACAAUGUAGUUUCAUAUUUUGUACUGUAACAUAAUAUGACUGUACAAAUAAAUGUGAAUCUUGUAAGUACGUUUUUAAAUAA